CUUGUCGUCACCGGCACCUCUUCAACAACUCUCACAUCCGUCCUUAGCCCUCUGCACAGCACUCGCAGCCGCAGCUUUCUUCUGACCAUUUCACAGGACAAGCUUGAACUCGAAGGGCCGAUUUUUAUCUCGAUAUUUCCUGUUAUUGGUCUGCUGUAAACGAUGGACUCCUUCGAAGACGAGAACCCGUUCUCUUCAGAUCAGCCUCCGUCCUCAGCCUCCUCCAACUCGGUCUCACACAUAGAUGUGUCUGAGCCAUCAUCUCCAGUUUCUCAUCCAGCCCGUAUACCCUCGUCGCCAACCCUUGCACGGUCACCGGUGGCCCCAGUCCAAGCCAGCGUCCCACGCUCUCCGCCAGUGAAGAGCGACUUUUGCUGUUAUCGGGACCAGUGGCUACAUUCAGGGGACGAUGCUGAAAUAUUGAUUGUUGACGCGCUCAAAACGAGCGAGAACUCAACCUCUCCGUAUAUCACCUACGUCAUCCGUGCCGGGAAUGCUGAAUCCCGACACCGUUACUCCGAGUUUGAGUCACUCAGACUAAACCUCACCAAAUUAUACCCCACUUUGAUUAUUCCACCAAUCCCUUCGAAGCAAACGAUCGGCGACUAUGCAAUUAAACAAGGAAAGGCGAAGGAGGAUGCCGCGCUCAUAGCCCGCCGACGUCGCAUGCUUCAAACCUUCCUCAACCGCAUCGCACGCCAUCCAAUCCUGGCCAACGAGCACGUAUUUCAUCGCUUCUUGGACGGUGAGGUUUCUUGGGCUGAAGUUCUCCACUCUCCCCCACUCUCCCUCCUACCGAAGAACAUUCUCAAGGCUCCCGCUCACAAUCCGACCGACCCCGAGGCCUCUGCUGCAUACCAGGCCUUACCCAAUCCUUCUGCUGCGCACCCCUUACGGAGGCCAGAUCAGCGCUUCCUCGACUCGGAGGUUUUCACGAACAAAUUCGCCGCGCACAUGAGCGGACCCAUGGAGAAGGUGACGAGGCGGACGAUGAAGCGGUGGUCAGAUUAUGCACAGGACCAUAUGGAUCUCGGAGCGGCUUGGAACGGCUUUAGUCUGAACGAACAAGGAGAACUGUCCGGCGCAAUCGAGAAAACAGGACAAGCCAUCGACGCCACAUACAUGUCCACCACCCGUCUCCUGCAAGACCUAGAACAGAACUGGCAAGAGCCCCUGCACGAAUACUCCCAAUUCGCCUCCAUCAUCAAGAAACUCCUCGUCUACCGCCACCAAAAGCACGUCCAGCUCGAAAUGACCCAAGACGCGCUCGAAGCCCGUCGUGAGUCCCUUACCGAGCUCGAGAAAUCCGAGCGCGAGGCGCGAAGACUGGAAGAAGCCCUCGGCAGAGGUCGCGUCACGUCCCCAUCCGGGCUCGAUUCCGGAUCCCCGCGUCGAUCCCAAUCCCAAUCGGAGUACGGCUCGCAGUCUCAGUCACAGUACGGCGCGUCGACACUGCGGCCGAGCGCGAGCGUGGGCGGCCAUGAAGGUGGUCGUGGGAGUAUAGGGACGGAUGCGGGGAGCGAUGAUAGUCAGCCCGUUGAGGUCGAGGCGCCGUCGCCUGACAGCAUGAAUGGGAGGAGCGUUAGAGACGACGACGAGCCUCAGUUGGGCUCGGCUUAUUUACCGCCCCAUCCGGGACCGAGUCCGAUUAAGAGGCGGGCACCGGGUAUGGGACUGUUGAGCGCGUUGAGCUAUACGUUGCAUGGAAUGAUGGAUGCCGAUCCGGAGACAGCGAGGAGAAAUGGAAUCAGUAAGACGAGGGAGAAUAUUUCGCAGCUCGAGGAUGCAUUACACCUGUCAGCGCAGGACCUGAAGUAUGCCAGCUCGACCAUUCAAGCGGACUUGGACAGGUUCCAAAGGCAGAAAGUCGCCGAUCUGCGGGAAAUGGCUAUCUCGAUGGCGCGAAGCCACCGAGAUUGGUGUCAGAAGAACCUCGAAGCAUGGCAGGACGCGAAGCAAGAAAUUGCGAAGAUCCCGGACCACCCGAAUCAACUACCUAAGGACAUCACGGAGAAUGACCCAGCUUCGGCCGGUCCUUCGAUGACAAGGCGGGACUCGACGGCCACUAUCAACGGGCGAUGACUGUCGUAAUAAUUAAUCUCUUUUUGAGCGGUCAGCAAGACGUAUUUUUAUUCACAUUCGCGAGGAACAUUCGCUUGUGGCGUGGCAUGUUGUGUGUGGUGUCGGAUUGUGGCGACGGGGUGUACGCCGUACGGUGCUUCCGUUUCAUUUUUUUUGGAUACGCAUGUGACAUGUGGACAACCUUUUUUCUUUCUUCUUCUUGACUUGUGCACGCACUCGUUCCUGCCUUUUUCUUUUUAUUUCCUUCGUGUGUAUUUCGCCAGUUGAAAGAUAUGAUCAUCUAGUGCCGACACAGUGCAGUCUGCG